AUGAUCGCACGGCGAUAUACGAAUCGAUACCUCGACACGGAGAAAAACUCUCAAAGAGCAGGACAAACUCACUGUCACACUCCUUUUAUCAUAUGCACAGCGCAAACACCAGUUUCUGGCAAAGUUCCAGUGAUAAUUGGCCAUUCAAUGACUUUGUGGCUAGUUAUCUUCGCAAUCAUGUCCAAUACACAAAGAAGCAUGCAAGUGAGGACGACUCAGAGACAGAUGACUCAGAUCUCAGUGACGGGGAACUUGAUGACAUGCUUAAUGAUGGUGACAAUACUUCAACCUCAACUUUACAACGAAAACGACACCAGCAGCAUACAUGAUUCAGAUGAUUCAGGGACUGACGAGGAGCACAACUCACGACCUCAAAAAAAACUCAAGUUCGCACAUGUGUCUAUUCCUGCUCGUGCAAAGCCAGCUCCAGCACCUCGCACAAAGCCAGCUCCGAAGUCAAGGAUGACCCAGGCUCCUUCUCGCCAUCUAGACCUGCCGCUGCCCACUCCAACCUGUCCAGACCCACCACCUGCCACCAAGUCGAGGCCAAUAUCCUCAUCAGACACACGCACCACAAAGGUUGCAACAGAAGGUCCAUCAACUACCAAGCCGAAAGCAACAGCUGUGCCUAUUCCUCGCAGCACUCGUGCCAAGACCAAGCCUAAACCACUGGCAACUGAAGCCUCUGCGGCACAUCUCAAGCCCGAGAGCAUCCAGGUUACCCCGGUACCACGGCCUAAACCUUCACGUGCACGACCAGCAAGGCGAAGGAUGAGCCAUCUGCCCCCACCGGGUCUUCGUCUGCUCUUCGGUCCUUCAUCUUCAGCCCUUCAUCUCUGCUCUUCGUCUCUGUUCUUCAAAGUGGUCUCUGCUCUUGGGUCUUCCGUCUUCGGCUCUUCGUCUUCGGCCCUUUGUCUCUGCUGUUGGGUCCUUCGUCUUCGGCUCUUUGUCUUUGGCUCUUCAUCUUCGGCCCUUUGUCUCUGCUCGCCGUUUCGAGCUCACUGA